AUGAGAUUAUCGAGAUGUCAUCGAACACUACUCCAACCCGCCGCGGACCAUCGAUUCCACGAUUGGAUACUCGUGCUCACACUUCAUGGCCUCAUACCCCGACUCAACCAGGGCUGCGCGAUGGACGCUCUCGCUCCCCAGAUGUUCAGUGGAUCCUUCAGCCAUCCUCUGUCGGGCGUCGAGUCCGGUCCACGUACUAGCAGCGCCAGUGUCAGCGAUGCGUAUGCUAUGCCCAUCCUACAGUCACCAAUGAACGAUGCCUGGUCGACUCAACAAGCUCCCAUGGCUCUCAACAUGAGCAUCAACAUGGGCUUUGGCCGCGAGUCCGUCUCUUCAUCGAUGUACGCUAAUCCUCCGUCGGCAAUGCACACUGGGCUUGAACCAUCGCCAUUCCAGAACUUCGCCACACCACCUCCAUCAAUGUACGCCCCACAACAGAUCGUUGUGCCGUCGCAGAUCAACCCGCAAGACGACUACCAAAUGAAUGACUACCCAGGCUACCCUGGCGGUCCCGAGGACACCACCGACGUUUACCAAGGCAGCUUCAACUCUAGCCAAGCCUCUUUCAACAACGGCUGGGUCGACGUCCGCCACCCCAGUCCUGACGCCUCCUACUUCUGCCAAGAAGACGACUCGGACUUCAUUUCCGUCAAACACGAAACCUCCACGCCACCCACCCGUAUGCUCUCCUCCACCAUCCGCUCCCGCCGCACUUCCCGCAAACCCACCCGAAACAACAAGUCCGCCACCGCCUCCCGCGCCUGGCACACCCACGAAACGCACGGCUUCCGCUUCGAAUACAAAGGCGUCGAAUGGACAUCGAACGGCUACGACGCCCACGGGAAACUCCACGUCGCCCCGGCCGCGCAAAACACCGCUCCAAUCAACGUCUGUGAUUUCGUCGACCCCGUGUCCAGCAAAGCGUGCAGCCGAAAAUUCCAACGCGCGGAGCAUCUGAAGCGCCACGCCAAGAUGCACACGGAUGUGAGGGAGUUUUGGUGUCCCGUGCCUAACUGCAAGACGGCGAAGAAGGGAGGGAUUGGGAGGAGUGAUAAUGCGAGUGAUCAUUUCAAGACGCAUUUGAGAGCGGCGAAGAGUGGGAAAAGAAAUCUCCAUUGUACGUUUGAGUAUUUGGAAACGAGGAUUUUGGAGUCGUACGAUGAUCAGAAGAAAGCGGAGAAGGUCCUUGCUAAGUUGAGGGCGUGGUAUCCGGGGCAUGUGCAGCAGGAAAGGGAGGAGCAGGAGAGGGAGAAGAGGGAAGGGAGGGUGACGACGAAGAAGGGGAGGCGUUGCUAA